AUGGCUUGUCACCGUUGCAAGAAGACGGUCACUGCUUCUGACCGUAUAGUAUGCCAAGGAUUCUGUGGUGCUACCUUCCAUGUCAUUUGUGCGAAAGUGGACGAUCCUGUUCGAGAGGCGUUGGGCAUUGGUGGCAAUAACGUUUUCUGGAUGUGUGAUCCGUGUGCUGAACUAUUCUCGAGUGGUCAUUUUCGAGCGCUGUUAACUGAUUUUGAUGGGAAAUGUUCAUCGUUUAUGCCAAAAGCAAUACAAUCGAUGAGAGACGAUAUCGAUAAGUUACAUACAGCUUUAACUGCCCUAACAGCGAAAGUUGAUGCCAAACCGAAUGCUAACACGCCGUACGCUACCCCGAUCCCGUGGCCUAAUGUUACUCGUUCGACUGGUCUGCAGAGUACGCCGAAACGACGACGAGGAAACAGUGGCAAUCCUGUCAGUCCGCCUUCUACUAUGACUGUCAACACCUACGGGACCAAAGCGGCUCAUACAAUUAGAACUGUUAAUCUCCACCGGAAACAAGAUGAGGACAUGGCGUGGAUAUAUUUGUCUGCAUUUCACCCAUCUACCACUGAGAAGGAAAUCGCUAGUCUCGUCACUGAAUGUCUUGCGUUGCAUGCUGGAGAUCAACCUAAGGUUGUGAAGCUGGUUCCUACGGGGAAAGAUCCUGCAACACUCAACUUCGUGUCCUUCAAAAUUGGAGUCAACCAACAAUUUAAGGACAAAGCAUUAUGCUGCGAAACAUGGCCGGAAAAUGUACGUUUUCGUCUGUUUGAGGAUUAUCGGACAAAAAACGCUGCGAGGAUUGUCAAAAUUUCGCCGAAGGAAAUCUCAUCAAGAAUGCCGCCGGUGGACUCAGAUCAUGCUCAUCGUAUAGAGGUAGACGAAUAG